ACCCCACUUUUCCCUGUCCUUCCCAGAGCUGGGGGUAAUUCUUGUUCCCCUGUGGCAGGUAACAUAUACCUCCCUGCAUGGAAGAGCAGCUCCUAGCAUAACUGCCUUUGGUCUUGGGGUCUUAUGUCUUAGGGACUACCUGUGUGUCAUUAACCAAGGGGAAUAGUGCCUUGCAAGAGGGGUAGGAAGGGUUGGGUGCCCAGAGCUGGCCCUUGCUGGUUCAGGGUUCUGUCCCCUGAGUAUGGAAGGUGAAUGCUGGGUGCUUGGGCAGGUUCUUGGGGCCCAGAGAAGGUGCUGAUGUGUGGGCCCUGGGUCUGGUAGAAAGCCCUUCCCUCCCCUACCCUUGCAGCCCACCAUUUCCCAGCGCUGGGCCCUGUUUCUCUGGUCUCCUUGGUGACAAUCUCAUCUCUCCUCGGCUUCUCUCCAGCACCUGAAAAUAGCCUCAGAAAGUGGAGAUGCCUGCUCCCCUCCCUGCUGCCAGCACCCGCGAUGGCCGGGCUGGAGCCAGACUGUUCUGCACAGCACAGCUGUAAGGGCCUGGCCCCACGGGCCCCUGCACCACUGCAGGAUUUGGGCCACCCUGUGAACCAGCACUGAGGCCCCAGCCUCGUCCCUCCUCUUGCAGCCUGCUGUGAGGCAGCACCAGGGAACUCCUUGUACCCCGCCACGGGCCACAAUCCAGCUGUCCUCUGCAGCCAGACAGAGCCCUGUCCCUUUGGCCCUGUAUUCACCAACCCUGUAGCUCGCCCGACAGCCUCCCAGAAAUAGAAAAUGGAGCCGGGAGUGGGCAGAAGGCGAGCUGGAGCGGGUGGUCCUGCGGCAAGGAAGGGGGUUACCCCACAGGUCGGGCUGCUGCCGCCAUGGGGCCAGGGUCGCCGUGGACAGUGAGCUGCAGCAGGACCCCGGGCAGGGACAGGCAGGGCUGGGCAGCGUAGAGGAAAAAGGGUCCGCUUCCACCCAGCACAUGGCUGGACCCAGCCGUUCUCCGGCAUCCCUGUGGAGAGAGGAACGCUGUGCCCUCCACCCGCGACGGGGUGGGACAGCACGGGGCGGGCUGGACCGCGUCCCGACGGCGCGGAGCGCCGCUCCUGGAGGACGGGGGUCCACGGAGCGGGGUGUUCCUCCGCUCUCUGCCCCCAGCCAUCCCUCCAGCGCACCCUCCCUCGAGUCCCCAUGGCCAGCGCUGUCCCCGGGGCCGCGACCACCUAGCUCAGCCCGGGGCUGCGGGGUGGCUGCGGGCGCUGCUCGGUGGUGUCGGCCGUGUCCCCCCCCCGCGGCGGUGGCGGUGGGGGCAUGGCUGGCAUUGCUCGCUGACACUCUAUCUGCCAGGGCCACGCCAGCCGCGGGCCCAGAAUAGCAGCGCUGCCGCGCAGAUAGCAUGGAGCGGCUCCGUGGCCCCGCCGCGUCCCAGGUGGCGCUGCUGGAUGCUGUUACGUGCCCUGAGGAGGAAGGGUUUUCGAAGGCUGUAUGCCCCAGGGAGGAGGAAGAAGAGGAGGACAAAUACAGGAGACCUGUCACCUUCACACUGGGAAAUGAGAUACUGGGGCUGGGCCCAGAGAGAGAGUUUCAGAACCCUGAUGCUGAGGUUUAUAUGCACUUCUUGAGGAGCCACUGCUGUUACGAUGCCAUCCCCACCAGCUGCAAACUCGUUGUCUUUGACAUCUCCCUAGAGCAGAUCAAGAAAGCCUUUUUGGCACUGGUGGCCAACGGGGUGCGUGCUGCCCCUCUCUGGGACAGCAAGACACAGAGCUUUGUGGGGAUGCUCACUAUCACUGACUUCAUCAACAUCCUCCACCGCUACUACCGCUCACCUUUGGUUCAGAUCUACGAGGUGGAGGAGCAUAAGAUUGAGACCUGGAGAGAAGUGUACCUGCAGGGCUCCCUCAAGCCACUGGUCUACAUCUCUCCAAGCAAUAGCCUCUUCAAUGCUGUCUACUCCCUGAUCAAGCACAAAAUCCACCGCCUGCCUGUCAUUGAGCCUGUCUCGGGCAAUGUCCUGCACAUCCUGACGCACAAGCGCAUCCUCAAGUUUCUCCACAUCUUUGAUUCUACCAUUCCCAAGCCACGCUUCCUGAAGAAAACAGUGCAGGAACUGUGCAUUGGCACCUUCCAUGAUCUGGCUGUCGUGCCUGAGACUGCCCCAGUCUACACCGCCUUGGAGAUUUUUGUGGAUCGUCGUGUCUCUGCCUUGCCUGUCAUCAAUGAUGCUGGGCAAGUAGUUGGCCUGUACUCGCGGUUUGAUGUCAUUCACCUGGCAGCCCAAAAGAGCUACAACAACCUGGACAUCAGUGUGAGGGAGGCACUGCAGCAGCGCAGCGUUGCCCUGGAGGGAGUCCUCACCUGCUACCCCCAUGAACCUAUGGAGGACAUAAUUGACCGCAUUGCCAAGGAGCAGGUCCAUCGCCUGGUUCUGGUGGAUGAGAACCGGCACCCACGGGGCAUCAUCUCCCUCUCUGACAUCCUGCAGGCCCUUGUGCUCACUCCUGCAGGUAUCGAUGCUCUUAACUCUUAGCCCAUGGUGCUCCAUCUUUCUUCACUUGCACCCUCAAUUUUUCUCCACUUCAGGUAGGCGCCAGCCCCCCCACUGCUGUAUCCCCUCCCUGCUGGUGGGUCACCUGCUUCUGUCCCAUCCAAAGUGGUCCUUGGGGGUGGAGGAGGCUGGGGCUGGGGUUUGGCAGUGCUGGGUGCCCAGGUGGAGACAGCAGGGCCCAGAUGCUGCUUGUCCCAGGGGUACACAAGGAUCGAGGGGGAUCCCUGGUGACUGAGGAAGGAGGGGGACACUUCCUAUGGAGACACUCCACCAGAGCCCCAUUCAGGCAGAGUGUGGAAUGCAGGUUUUGCAGGUCCCUGGGCUUUGGGCUGGAUGAGGGUUUUGGGGUGUGAUGCACCCCCAGACAAAAGCCUAUUUUUGAUCCUGCCUCAAUUCCCCCUAAGACCUGAGCACCUCCAGUGCCAUUCCCAAGGGACAUGUCGCUGACAGACCCCCACUCGCACACCCCAGACAUGCUGCCCACCACUAGCCAUAAGCAAAACAUGGCCAACCUAUGACCCACAGCUGGCAGAGCCCCCCACCCCCUCCACUUGCAGCAGCCCCAAAACUGUCUGUUCCAGAGACAGGGCUCACUCCCAGGUGACACUGGCACCACACUGCCUGGCCACCUGCAGCUGGCUCUGCUCACCCACUACCUGGUGAAUCCUCACUGGCUAUGGGUGGGCACAUUCCUGGCACCCACUCAGGCACCUCUCAGGGAUGAAAUGAGGAACGGGGAGCUGGCUCCCCAACUUUGCCUCCCAAAGGUAAUAAUGCUUUUCAGGGUCCUGGUGGGCAAUGGGAUGGGACAGGCCUGUGCAUACCAGUUCCCCUAGCAGUGUCCAGCUGCUCUGCACAGAAGGGGACUGGGAAUAGUGCGUGUUAGCCACAUAUGGGAUAUCCCCCUUGCCCCCCUCCCUCCAUUCCUCCAUCAUGGUGCCUUUGCUCACCCUAUCCCAGGUGCCCACAGGGGUGGCUGUGUCAGGAGCUGCAGGGGGCCACUGAGAUGUCCCUCUCCAGACAAGCUGCCCCUCCCUCCUACCCCAGGGCUUGCAUACAAGCAAGGAAUGGAGGGAAGACCCCAGUGUCCACUGGGACAGUUGGAGUGGCCGUAUCACAGGGUGCCCAGUCCAGCACUGAUUUGGGGUUAUGGUCUCACACACCCUCUUGCCCCACAGGCAUCGAUCGAUCCUCACUCUGAAGACAACAGGGAAAUGCCACUGUCUUGUCUGACUCAGGGAUCUCUGCGUGAUCUGUGAGAAGGAGGCUUGGCUCUGAAGGCUCUCUGUGGGACGACAUGCCUGUUCACUCCAGUCCUCGGGCUCGUCUUGAGUCCAGGGCUAGAUCCUGCCAGUCUUGGAGAGGCAGAAACACUGAAAAUGGGACCCAGGGGUGCCUCCUGCCAGUGAGCACACAGUGAUGCUCAGUGGGCACUGUGCUGGAGGGGCUGCAACAUGCCUGCAGCUGGGCAGAGACCCAUAUAGCCCCAGUGGACCUGACCACCCCUCUGCCAUCCUGCUGAUGGAUUUGGGCGUUUCUGUUGUGGCUCCCUCCUAGUGAACACAGUCCCGCUGUCUGUACCCGGUGCCUGGUAGCGUAGGCUCAGCUGCACACACAGGCUUUUUUAUUUUGGGGUCACAUGGGGCUGGAGCUCUCUGGCAGAGGCACAGUCUGUGCCAGAGCUGGCAGCAGAACGGGCACUUGCAUGGAGACCCUGUGCACGUUUUGGGGUGGGCAGGGGGUAUUUAUUUAUUUGUUAGUCUGUUCAACCUUGCUGUAAAAAAGCAGCCUGAUCAAAGAACUGCCUCUUGCCUUUCUGGGGUAAAGCUGGGCACGACU